AUGGCACUGAUGUCUCACAUCAUCUCGCUGGCCCUUUUCCUCGCGAGCACGACCAACGCUCUGAUCGCAAGCUCCAGAUCUUGCCCCUGCUACACAGCAACAACCUACCCUUCCAAUCCCGCCUGCGUGCCUCUCGAUCCCCAGGGUCCUUGCUGGGAACUACCCUGCGUGACAUAUACCACCACCACGAUUCCAGGCUAUAAUGCCGAAUGCACGUCCACACCGACCGUGACUUCCCUGCUCCCAUGUAAAACUGCGUGCUCCCUAGACUGCCUGACUAUAUCGUCUACACGCACGCUUGGAUCAGGAAGGUGUUUGCCGCCUUCGUGGUCCCAGCUUGCGCCUACGGUCACCAUUCCGCAAUCUACCAGUUCCUGCUACACAAGCACCACGACCCUUAAAGGGCACUGUCCAGAAGAUGACUUGAGCUGUCCGUCGCCAGACUGUGUUUACUUGAGCACAACUACGGUACCUGGUGGUGUGGUCGCAGGGUGCGAGACAACUCCUACGGUUACAGAGAAUAGGACGUGCAAGGGGAGGUGCGAUGGGAGUUGUGGGACGCAGUGGGUUACGGAGACGGCAGCGGUGCGGAAACGAGACUAGACUGGGCAAAAGGAUUCUUGAGAAGAUGAAAUAUGUGGUAAACUGAAGACGAAGCUUACACCGGUCUGGCUGUUAU